CCUUCUUUAUGGGCAUAAAAAAGUGUUAUUUUGUACUAAAAAAGGUGUCUUUUAGACUUGAGUGUCACGGAUUCCACACAGUUUCACCCAGUUGACUUGUCUCUGGCCUUGAGGUCCAUGAGAAAAUGCACAGUACUGUUCCAUAUAUCAAGCAAGCAUUUCUAUAAAAAAAAUAAAAUUGGUCUGAAGGUAAAAAUUUUCUAUAAAAGCCCCUCUGACAGUACAUCAGAGGUUUAUAUGAAGUGUUUAGUAAUAGUGUUCAUUCACAUGGAUUUAUGUGGUAGAUGUACAGUAAAAUAAAUAAAAUGAAAAGCUUAGAUAUAAAGUUUUCUGUCAGCAUAUUCAUGUCCAGUGUGUCCAAAUAGACAUUAGCAUGCAUAGUGAGUCGUGUUAAUGGCAUACAAAAAGACCUGUACCAGAAGAGAAAAGACAUGUCAGGGAGGCAGGGAUAAAAGCAGACCCAAACGCAGGGAUAACAAAUAAAAAAAGUAAAAAGCAAAAGUCCUGACAAGACAUUAGAGACAUUAGAGACAUAGGGGGCAGCAGCAGGGUGCAACAGUAAAAACUUCACAAGAGAUGGUGUUAGGCACCACCAGUCAUGUGGCCAGUCAGAGUUUCACUGAUCAUUUCAAUAUGUGGAGAGGAAAAAUACAAUAAAGUGUAGCAUUAUAUUCACUGAUGAAAGAAUGAUUGACUCUUUAUAAAACUCUUUCUGCUGAUUCCUAGGGAAAAAGCUGAACUACUGACUUAUGUGAAAGAUUUCAAUCCCAGCACUGAGGUCCUCAGGAUUUUGUUGUAUGGACCAGUUGGUUCUGGGAAAUCAUGCUUCAUCAACUCGGUCCAGAGGGUCCUCUUAGGCCGUAAUUUCAUAGGUGCUCUGGAAAGCUCUGCACUUACAGGAACAAGCUUCACAAAAAUAUUGAACAUUCACAAGCUGAAGAAGGGCAGAGGUGAGUGUUAUCCUCUGGAGAUUGUUGACAUCAUGGGGAUUGAAUCAUCAGGAGGGAUAAAACCUGAAGACAUCAACAAGGCGUUCAAGGGACACAUUUUAGAUAAGUACACAUUUAAUCCUGUGUCAGCCAUAACUAAUGACAAUCCAAAAUACAGAAAGGAGCCAGCUUUGAGUGAUAAAGUUCACUGUCUGGUCUGUAUUCUGCCUGCGGACUCGGUUUCAAGAAUGGAUGAAGACAUCUUUAAAAAACUGAAGGAUGUCAGAGAACAUGCUAGCGAUCUGGAAAUCCCUCAGGUUAUUGUCAUGACAAAGGUGGAUAAAGCGUGUGAGCUGGUUAACCAGGAUUUAAAGAAAAUCUACUACAGCAAGAAGAUCAAAGAGAAGGUAGCGGAGUGUAGUAAUAAUAUCGGCAUCCCACUAAAUGCCAUCUACCCUGUAAAGAACUACGCUGAAUCCAUCACUCAAGAUCCAGACACUGACAUACUCAUCCUCACGGCACUGAGAGAUAUUCUACAUUUUGCAGAAUGCUUUGUGGAACGAGAGAUGGAAAAAGAAAAGUAUUGA